CUUGGCAAGAUGAUCCUACUCUUCGUCCAGGCCUUCAUGAAUUAUUUAUUCAAUUGGACAAAUUACAUAAGGAUAAUCCUGUCGACAAAAAAGUUCACCCAGUAAAGAAAACCCAUAUUGAAGUGGAAACUACUGAUGCCCAGUCUGAAAUAAUUGUAGUCGAGGAAAACAAUGUGCAAGACAAAGAUUUAGAACUUAAAUUUUUGGGUAUAGUUAAGCCAAUAUU